AUGCUUGCAGUGUGGGUCAGUCGCACGCCAGACAAGCCUGUGUUCCGCAGCUUUGCUUCGGCUCAAGACGGCAAGGAAGAAGCACCGCGGGCAUCGAUGGCGGACGAGAGGGCGGCGGCGGCGGCGCUCGUUCCGGUCGCAGCUUGGCUUCCUCCUCCCCCUCGCGGGGGCGGCGGCGGUCAAGCUCGGUCUUCGCCAAACUGGGAGAGAGUGGCGAUGCCUGGAGCGGCUGAUCCCUCGACUUCUCCGGCGGGAACAGGCACGGCGACCAGGACCAGGAGCGAGUCUCAGCGAAGCGACAGCUCCUCCCACUCCAAAGAGACAAGGCGCUCCCCUUCCGCAGGCAGGAAGCGGCGCGAGAGAAGCUCUUCGGAGCACGAAGCCUCUGAGGAGAAACCUCCGGGAGAGUGGGGCCCGAAGCCCGCGGUGUCGGAGGCGCCUUCGAAGAAGAGUCCGUUCGACGUGCAGGAGCCGGCGGAGGAAACAGAAGCGGAGGAAAGGGAGGUGGAGAAGAGCCGCAAGCGUGAGAAGAAAGAAAAGAAGAAGGACAAGAAGCGCUACAAGAAGCACAGCAGCGAAGAGCGGGGAAGGCACGAGGAGGAGCGUGACAGCCCGCCUCCCCGGAAGCUUAGGCUGCUUUGGGGCUUGCUGACGGCGGAGGAAGUGGAACACUGCACCCACAUGGGGCCGCAGUGGUGCCCUCUCUACGGGACUCACAUGUGCCGCAAGUCCCUCAAAGAGCCCUGGGCCGCUGUUCAGCAUCUGCAAGCGAAGCAUGGCGUGGAGGAAGAGCAGGCGAAAGCGGCAGCCCGCCAGCUCUGGAAGCUCGAUGCACUCGGGAUCCGCCUCCGGUCUCGCUCGGAGCUUCGGGAUGACAGGCGCCCUGCUGAGCCAAAGGAUCCGCCAAGGAGGUCGGGCCAGAAGCCGCCGAGCUCCAAGCUGCAGACAGUCAAGGAGGAGCCAGUGGAGAGGGAGCCGGAAGCUGCCUUGCCUCCCAAAAGUGGCGGCCAAGCUUCGAUGCCCCAGGGUGUUGCGGCCACCAAGAGCGAGGCAGAGGAUAAUAACCUGAAGUAUCAGCUGCUGCGAGAUCUGUUUGCUGAUGUGGCAGACAGAGUUUUGGGUGGAAGCAGCAGCUCCUCCACCCGCUUGUGA